GCAGUCAUAUGACCAUUUCAUACUUUAAUCGAUACCAAAAUCCUCUUUUUAAGACUUUAUAUAGGCAUUAUAUAUUUUAUCACCGGAUAAAUUUCAUAUUAAACGCAGAACAAUUAAAUGCAAUAACAGGGCUUAUAACAAUAUUAACACUAAUUGUAGACUUGGGAAAAAAGACUAUCGUUAAGUAUGGAAAAAGUCUUCGUAGUUUUCAUCUUAGUAAGCGGAGUUUCAGCCACAGUUUCCUCUAAAGGUGUAAAAGAAUUCCAGUUAUACGCAUGUCCAUUUGCAAAGCCAGAAGAACUUAUCGAUGGAAAAUGUACUUACAACAAAAACAAUCUACCUGAAGAUGAAACAGAUCUUCUCACACCACCCAUACAUGCGUUUGUCAAAGUAGGAGAUGAAUGUUAUGACUGGACACAGGAUGAUCUUGUGAAUACUUAUAAGUGUAAUCAUCCAAGUUUCCACUGCUGUCGCGAAUCUGGGAGUCUAAGCGACAAAGGAAGAACAACAUGUGCUGAUGAGAUACCAAUUUUCAUACGAACAUGGAGGAUUAUUGGAUUUAAAUACUUACUUUGGGGCUUCGACAGUACAAGGUUUGCAGAAAUCUUUGUAGCUUUCCUAAGAAACUGUGGUACAAAUAGUGGACCUUUCCAACUGAACUUAAACUAGUCUAAAUGGAUGAAUAAAAUAAUUUCAAUUCAAAUCA